AUGAAAGUCACGCUAAAAUUUUUUAACGUCAGUGCUUCUUUGGAUGUCGAACGCGAUCAAACUGUUGCCCAAUUAAAGGAACAUAUCCAUGCUAAAGUCCAAAUAGUACCUAUUCCUUCAAAACAAGAACUUUUUGUCGGAAAUACACAACUUGCUGAUUCCCUCAAACUUUCGGAGUGCUCCAUCGAAGAAGGUAGCAUCAUUCGGCUCGUGACCAAAGUCUCUGCAUCGGAAUUUCAGAUCUUCGUUUGUACCUUAAACGGAAAUACCUGUCCAUUUUUUGUCUCGUCUAAUGAUACCGUAUCAACUUUGAAACAAAAAAUCCAUGAUAAACUCGACAUCGGGAUAGGAAUACGUCUUAUCUGCAGAUCUAGACAACUCGAGGAUGACAAAAAGUUGUGCGAUUACAACAUUGAACCAGGUCAAACAAUCCAUCUCGUCGCAAGUUUGCAUGGGGGAUAA